UCACACACACACACACACACACACACACACACACACACACACACACAUAAACACACACCUCGAUCAUGUACCUCGCUCACGCCGAAAAAGUGCUCCGGCAAUCGCACCUCGCGAUCCAUUCACGGUCAUACGUGGCCCGGAUUUGUUGAUACAGGUUAGUUUUGUGUUGGUCCUUCGUGCCCGAUCCCCGUGAUUCGUGAGGGUGUUUGGCGGAAGCAUUUCAAUUAUUUCCACCGCUAACCUCCUCCCCUAAGGUGGUGUUGGCGUUGGGGCGAGCUGCUACAACCACUUUUCCACAUCAAACACCAUUCGAUCGUGCAGUAAUGAAACCACAAACCGUUAUUAGGAGUUUGUGUGCGUAGGUGCGUGUGUGUGUGUGAGUGUGGCAGGCUCCCCCACGGAAGACGCGUUCGAGACCUGCCUUCCCCUUUCCGCGGGCUGGCUGGCGGCAUGGAAUGUGGUGAAUGGUCAGUGGAUGGUCCAGGGUAGGAUGGGUGACCGAAAUUUCCCUUCCACCUGAAGAAUUCGGUACACGUACCGUGCGGACACGAUCGAUGUCGAGCGAUGAAGAGAAGGUGGUGGAGAUGAGAGUCGGUGGAAUGGGGGGACAGUGUUGCGAAGCUACCCAACCAGUUCGCUCGCUCGCUCGCUCGCGUCGACUGGCGGGCGCGCUGGCGAAGAAGAAAGCCGCCCAGUACGGUGCAGGUGUUCGAAUCGAGCGGUCGGUCACGUGUGCUUCUCCGCUGCUGCUGCUGCUGUCCAGUGUGCGUGGCGUCCAAGAGUGCUUGUUUGCUGAGAUCGAGGUCGCCGUGUGAAGCCGUUGAGUGUGUUGAGUGACUCUAGGUGUGUGCUCCCGGAAGUGUUUGUGUUUGAGCCAAUAGCAGGAUCUAGUGUCCGCGUGUACAGACCCACACACACACACACAGAGGCCAAAUGGCUAUGAGUAAAGUGAUACGACUGUGCGGUCGCCAUCUUAGGCACUGGUCCAGUCAGCCGUCCCGUACAGCGACCACCGUAUCCGGUGCGUUCGUCACAUCGCCAGAGGUUCGUCGCCUGAGCACCGGUGAUCUGCUGCAGGAAAAGUUGGCCACCAAGAGCGUGCAGCGGCAUGACUGGAAUCGGGCCGUCAGCGAGGCGGAGAAGAUCGUCGGCUAUCCGACCUCGUUCCUCAGCCUCCGGUGGCUGCUGAGCGACGAGAUCGCGAACGUGGCGCUGCAUCUGCGGAAGCUGGUCGGCAGCAAUCAUCCGUUGCUGAAAGCUGCCAACGGUCGCUCCCAGACACCCCAGCUUUUCUAUACUUAAGCUCAAGCUGGCGGUGGUCGGCACGGAUUGGGAAACAAAGUCGGGUCAUACCGUUACGACACUGGAAAACAAAACCUCGCGCGUUCCGUACGACUGCGACUUCGGUUUCGGUACAGUUGGUGGAAGCUGGGCUGUGUGUGUGUGGCUCGUGCUUUCGAAAAAACCGGUCCCGUAGUAAAAAGCUGCCCACCUCACCCAAUAUUUGCAAUCUGAACAAUGAAGAUAAAAAAUAGUAAAAAGUAAUACUACUAGACAGAAUGAUAAGCGAAACAUAUUAGCAAAGGAUAGGUGGAAGAACAGAAAGCGCGAAAGUGAGGGUGAAUAUAGAAAAAUAAAAUAUUACACCGAAGAAAGAAAAUGCAAAAAUAAAACAAAAAAAGAAGAAACAAAAAGAAACUUAACUUACACACCAUUUUACACUCAAGAAGGAAACUCCCGAUGAAAACUGAAACCAACCAAGAGACAAUGAUUAAAACAAGCAAAGUAGAUAAAAAAACAAACAAGUAAACGUAAACACAGACACACUCUCACACCCAUACCGAUAAAAGAAAAGACAAUGAAACAAUGUAUGAUAAAAGAGAAACGCAAAGUAAGAAGCAGAAGAAACGAGGACUCGAAAUCAUUUUCUGUUUUGAUAGAAGAGAGCGAACACUCAGAAGAGAGAGCAAGCAAUAGAAAGAGGGGGAAAAAACAUGUGUUUAGAAAAUCAUAAUUGUGCUCAUUGGAUGAUGCGUUUUCCUCCCAAAUACCCACGGGUGCCUAGUUUUUCGACGCUAGAAAACCUAUCCAAUAUUACAAUACUCCUCUAGAGUCUCGAAAUUUCUGCCGCCAACUAAUACAGAAUCGUUUAGGAAGUAGAAAGGACUAGUAUUUCGUCUUCGCAGAAUUAUCAUUUUUCAAUUCCAUGAUUAUGUUCAUAUCUCUGGAGGAAUGUAGUGACUAAAAACCAGCUUCAUUGCCAUCCAAUAAGAUGGUCCUUGACCUCUUAGGCUCACUCGGAACAACAACUGCCAUAGGAAGUACGCAGAAAGCACGAUGAUCACAUCAUGACAAAGACUUGUAAUAAUUGCAAUCAGCAAUCAUCAAGUGAAUAAUAAGAAGGGUGGCUCGGAAGGACAUCGUUAUCUUAUGGCACUUAACAGCGUCAUUUAAAGGGCCUCACCCAUCAUCAAGAAGAUCGCGAUCGAUGAUGUUGAAUGUAAGCACCAAAGGGCCUGUUUUCGGUUAUUUAAUGCCAGAUGACAACAAUGUUAAGCAAACUUUACGUCCCGAAUAAUACAAAAGCAUCGUUACCUAAAAAAGUCA